GUACAAGCGUGUGUCUCCUUCCCCCCAGUCUCGUUGGGAGAGAGGAGGUUCCCCGAGCCCGGCUGGGAGCCAUGGCCGCGGUGGUGGCCAAGCGCGAGGGGCCGCAGUUCAUCAGCGAAGCGGCGGUGCGGGGGAACGCCGCCAUCCUGGACUAUUGCAGGACGUCUGUCUCGGCCCUGUCGGGCGCCACGGCGGGGAUCCUCGGCCUGACCGGCCUGCACGGCUUCAUCUUCUACUUCCUGGCUUCCGUCCUCCUCUCCGUGCUCUUGGUGUUAAAAGCCGGACGGCGAUGGAAUAAGUACUUUAAAUCCCGAAGGCCGCUUUUCACGGGGGGGCUUAUAGGAGGGCUCUUCACAUAUGUCCUGUUCUGGACUUUCCUGUACGGCAUGGUUCAUGUCUACUAAAACAACUAGGAGCCGCAUUAGCUGCAGUGGUUUUCAAUGAAGCAGAAGGACUGUUGCCAAAAGUCAUCUACCCAGCUAGGCCAGCUUUUACCUUUUAAACUGUUGUUCAUCACUCGUAUUGUUAAUACCAUCAGUAAAUUAUGGCCAAGUACAAAUGAAUCGGUAGUACUGUUUCAAUUAAACUGAAUGUGAAACAUCACUCGGGUGCCUCCCAUGAAUAUUUGUUUGGUGAUUAAGGAAUAACUUCUGUCCCUAAUUGCCGGCACAGCCAUGGGUUUUGGUUAACGUAGUCCCUUGUAUCCUUUGCGUUUUGAAUAAGAUGUAACAAUUACAGUCCCUUCUGGAUUUGCUGCCUGUCCCUACACACAAAUACUGAUGAAAGCAGUGUGUAACACGGCACUCUUAAAAAAUAAUCCACUGACACAAGGAAAUACUGCACAGUAGCAUGUAAUUAAGUGUAUGUAAAGCUUUGGUACAGAAAUGUAAUUGAGUUGCUAGUGCAAACAUUACUUCCACAAUUGCUGUAUGUACAUGCUAUCAAUAAAUGACAUCAUUGUCA